CUACCCCACAGUCCAACGCACGCUCAUACGUCAUUUUCGACUUUCCCCGUCGGGAACCGCACCUGGGCAUUUGUCAGAACCACACUAAUCCAGCACGGGUAUCACGACGGGAGAUGCUAACGCGACAAAGGCAGGUCGUUUACCGAGUUAUCUACCGCAAGACUGGACGUGUAUAUCAGCGACCAACUACAGAUUAUUUGCAAUUCAGCCGCCCAUUCUUGCAAACGUCGUAAGGGCAUUGAAGCAGAAUAUGCCUUCCAUAAGUGAGAUUGUCAAGGCACAUCAGCCAGACUUGGCCUCAUAUGAAGAGCUCUACAAGUGGUUCCACACGCACCCGGAGCUGUCCUUUCAGGAAGCCAAGACAGCCGAAGCGAUUGUCAAACAUCUAGAGACUUUGAAAGCUUUCACGAUUCAUUCUUCCAUUGGCGGUCACGGCGUCGCUGCCACAUUCUCCAAUGGCCCCGGAAAGACGCUGCUCUUACGUGCCGACAUUGAUGCGCUACCCGUUGAGGAGAAGACAGGCCUAAGCUAUGCAAGUACAGCGCGUAUGAAGGAUGUGGACGCUGUUGAGAAGCCCGUCAUGCAUGCUUGCGGCCAUGAUAUGCAUAUCACAGCGCUGCUUGCGGCAGCGGAAACUUUGGUCAAAUGUAAAGAGGCGUGGAGCGGGGAGUUGAUCUUGGUGUUUCAGCCAGCGGAAGAAAGAGCAGGUGGCGCGCAGAACAUGGUGGAUGAUGGUCUGUAUAACAAAGUCAAAGAGCCAGACGUUGUGGUGGGCGCACAUGUCAUGCCAGAAAGGGCUGGUGUCAUUGGUACGAAGCAUGGUUUAAUCGCCAGCUCGGCUGAUCGAUUCCAACUCCGUAUUGAAGGUCGACAAGCCCACGCAUCUACUCCCCAUCGCGGCAUCGAUCCCAUUCUACAAGCCGCAUCCACAAUAAUGCGUCUCCAAUCCAUCGUAGCGCGAGAAGUAGACCCCCUAGACUUCGCCGUGGUAACAGUCUCCGCCUUCCACGCAGGCGACGCCGAGAACAUCAUCCCCUCAGAAGCCAACCUGAAGAUCGACGUCCGCGCUGCUCUACCACAAACCCGCGAACGCGUCCUCGCCAGCGUAAAACGCAUCAUCGCCGCAGAGGCCGAAGCAUCCAACAAUCCAAACACUCCUACUUUGACACCAACGACGCAAUUCCCCUUGCUCUUCAACGACGCCGGCGUUACCAACGCGCUUGAACAGUCCUUCUCGGCGCACUUCCAGCCUGGAAAACAUUCGUACCAAUCGGACAUUCCGCGUCUACAGGGCUCGGAAGACUUUGGCAUCCUCGCUACCGCGAUUGGCAAGCCGAGUUGCUUUUUCUUGUAUGGAGGCACGGAUCCAGCGGUUUGGGAUAAGGCGGAGAAGGAAGGGAGGCUGAGUGAGGAUGUUCCUGGAAACCACAGUCCCUUCUUUGCGCCGGUUGUGCAGCCUACGUUGACGGUGGGCAUGGAGGGGUAUGUUGUUGCUGCGUUGACUUUCUUGAAGAAGGGCGAGUAGUUGCACUUCAAUUUCCAAGCUUGUUGUGCUAUGUGGUAUUGCAUGAGCUGCAGGUAUGCGGCGUGGUAUAUGCUUUAGCUGCUAGUGAUAGUUGCGGCCUAUACCCCGCAUCCGCUCGCUGUUUCUACAUCUAAACAUGCUGAGGGUUACAUUUUCAUCUUUCGUUAC